AUGUCGACUUCAGAAAUAUCCCAAGUGGACUUAGAAUGCGGCGGUGGCGGAGACGGCGUCGAGGAGGAAGAAGAUGAAACUUGGUUCAAAAUUAAAGGGAACAAGACUUGCGAAAUAUGUAAUUCAAUUGCGCGCAACAUUGUUGGCCCGAAUAGUACUGAGGGAGCACAACAAACAAAUGAAACUAAUGCUGUCGAAACAAAUACAUCAUCAACUCCAGCUUCCCCUUCUACAGACAGUCGAAGUUGCUUAAAUGCGGAUUAUGCGGAGCCCGAAUGGGCAGUACCGGAGCUGGAGGAUCAUGCUCUCGAUACAAGUGGACUAGGAAUUAGGCUUGCUCGCAUCCCUGGUCCACUUGUAUUGAGAGCACGAUCCUCCAGCUCCGACAAGUUAUCCCGUGAAAUAUGCGAUGAAAGCUGUUUACCGGGAGGCAAUGGAUUAAAACACGAACUACGUGAUGGGGAUUGUUCUCCUUUAUAUAUUGAACUGGGAUUCAAACCAUGUGAUUACGGUAGUUUUCGGGGAUUUGAACGAGGUUCACUUGCCCUAAACACUGAACUACUGAACAAUGGUUACUUUUUAAUUUGUAGGUAUACAUUGUACUUCCAUUUCUCCAAACGCUUCCAAUCAAAAAGCUCAAAGCCUUCUCUGGAAUACUUUCCUGCUUCUCCACUUGCUGCAGAAAGCCUGGUAAACUUGACAUAUGCUCGACAAGCUCAAUACUUGUACCCUAUCUCAAUUCACAAUGUUGAUCAAUAUAUGGCUUGCCAAAUGGGUGUCAAACCUUAUAUUUGCCUUGAAACUAACUUUUAUCUGCUGAGGGCAAUAGAGUCUCCUCGACACUAUGUGAGUUUUGUAGUCACAUUGAACUCCUCUGCUCUCGACUCUGGCCCAUGUCCCUAG